CUCAACCCAGUUUGUUCAUCAGUUCAGCGCCGCCAUGGCUCCUCAGCGAGCAACUACGCCUCGCGACAACGGUGCGGGUGACGGUAAACAGCUUAAGGGCCGGUGGUCACGAUCAGAGAAGGCAGCAGCUCCAAGCCCCCUGAGGCACUCAAGUCGUUAAGUCCGUAUCCACCCUACUGCGACCCGGAAAGCACUUCCAAUUUGCAGCCGCAGGCAGAAAGGAGACCGGGGCGCUUAGGAGAGUUGCCUAGAGUCUGCUCGAAUACGUCGGUGUAGGAGCGCAUAUCGACUCCUUCUACAUGCGCGGUUCUGCCCCCGACGAGCAGACUGGGACAUAUCGCAAGCCCUUCUUGGACUUGGGCUUGGAACAAACGUUCGCACUCACUAAGCUCGUUUUCCACGAUGUCAGCUUCAGAGAUCUUCCAGGAAGCGUCGCCCAUUCUGUCGACCUCUCGAGUGUGUGCUCGCUUCGUCUUAUCCAGUGCGUAUACAUCACUGACCUCUUCAUGUUCUCCAUGAAAUCGGAUUAUAAUUCCAAGAUCAAUAUCGAAGACCUGCGUAUCCAAAUACUUGACUGGGACGAGCCCCUCUUGUGGGGAACCCACGACUGGGCGUUUACGAACUUCAUUACCAGUUUCAAUAGCCUACAGUCAGUGUGUAUGAAGGUAUGCACCCCUUGGGUUGGGUCCAGGUCUGGAUACCCGAGGCUGAUCGACAUCUGGCGUUACCAUCCCGGCCUACGGGUCUACUAUGUAGAUUUCGGAAAUGAAAACGAUCUUUCACUCCGCGACAUGGACAGCCUCGCCUCCUACUGCCCUGGAAUUGACGUCUUUGGUUCUCGCGACGUUGUUCUCGGUGCUCCGAUACAUGAUGGCGAAUGGAGCGAAUUCGACGACGAAGCUCCGUAUAUCACCGAAACUCUGGCCGCCGAAUUUCGAGAAUUGAAGACAUGGAAGAUCCACUAUAACACAGGUCCUCUCUUCGAAUAUGAAGAUGGUGAUGAUGUUCGCCGCCUUGUCGCAGCCUGCCUCUUUGGAUUCUUCCGCGAGGCGUGCGAGGAGUACAAGGUCGAGUGUAAGCUCAAAACCGUCAUCUUGAGCGAUCAAGAUGACGUCAUUCCAGACCAUAUCUUCCUUCGUGACGGCCUGUCACAGGGCCUCACACACAGCUUUUGAGGCCUACGUUGGACACAGAUGUUGUGGGUGAUUUGGGUAUUUGGGGGUUGACGCUUACAUGAUGAAAACGCUUUGUACAUAAUUGUUCUAGAGAGGUUUGUAGGCAUCUGGGGCUUUUGUUCGCAUCUUCUCGGAAGCUGCCCAUGAGGAUGUGGGGUGUAAUUGCAUAUAUAAACUUCAACUUCACGAGAUCCUACGUUGAUGUAGA